GUUCAUCCUCUUAUGCAAUUGGUUGUUUGAAAAGCAUAUUUUAUUCUCUCUCUUUACUCUUUUCUUUCUCACUAUUAUUCUCUCUUUAUCUUCUAAUUUCAUAAGAGAAGCAUCACCAAAGCACUGCCACCACACUAAAAGAUGGCUGAUAUUCCAAUCAGAUUUGGCAUCAUCGGCUGCGCUGAGAUAGCCCGCAGAGUCUCACGAGCUAUCCUACUAGCUCCUAACGCUACUCUCUCCGCCAUCGCCAGCCGCUCCCUCGACAAAGCGGCCAAUUUCGCCAAGGCCAAUGGGUUCCCACCUGAAGCCAAGGUCUACGGCUCCUACGAAUCCCUUUUAGACGACCCCGACGUCGACGCGGUUUAUUUGCCCCUACCCACUAGUCUCCACCUGAAAUGGGCCGUAUUGACUGCUCAGAAAAAGAAGCAUCUGCUAUUGGAGAAGCCCGUGGCAUUGAACGUGGCUGAGUUUGAUCAGAUUCUAAAGGCAUGUGAUGAAAAUGGGGUUCAGAUUAUGGAUGGGACCAUGUGGGUGCAUCAUCCCAGGACGCAGAAAAUGAAGGAGUUUUUAGACGAUAAGGAGCGGUUUGGUCAGCUUAAAACGGUACAUAGCUGCUUCACAUAUUUUGCCCCUCCGGAGUUUUUCCAGAAUAACAUUCGUGUGAAGCCAGAUCUUGACACUCUUGGUGCUCUUGGUGAUGCUGGAUGGUAUGGCAUCAGGUCAAUCCUGUGGGCAGCUGACUAUGAGCUGCCCAAGACCGUUACAGCCUUGCGAGGUCCUGUUGUCAAUGAAGAAGGGUUAAUACUUGAUUGUGGGGCUUCACUACACUGGGAAGAUGGCAAAACUGCAACCUUCAAUUGCUCUUUCUUAUCAAAUCUGACAAUGAAUAUCACUGCUAUAGGAACAUUUGGAACUUUGCAUCUCACAGAUUUUAUCAUUCCUUACCAAGAGCAUGAGGCCUCUUAUACUACAUCCUCAAAAGCUCGAUAUAAUGAGCUUGGAACAGGAUGGGUGCCGAUUCCAAGUGAACACAAUGUCAACGUAGACCUACCUCAGGAAGCCUGCAUGGUGAGAGAGUUUGCUGGCUUGGUUGGAAAUAUUAAAAAAAAUGGUGCUCAGCCAGAUAAUAAGUGGCCGACAAUCAGUAGGAAGACACAAUUGGUUGUGGAUGCUGUCAACGCAUCCGUUGAGAAGGGUUUUGAGCCUGUUGAAAUUGUGAGCUGAGCUUUUAAUUAUUUAUGAAUGUUAGAAUUACUAGUGUUUCUAUGGGCUGUCACACCUACUUGGACAUGAAUUGUGAGACUGUGCCUGUUGUGCUGUGCUUUCUAGUAUGAAAUGUGAACUUCUCUAAACUGCUUGUUUUAGUUGAAUAAGAAGCCAGACGACCUGCAAUGUUGGUAUUGCGGAUGUUAGCAGUUUCCUCUCUUUCCCUGUCGGCCUGUCCCCCGUUGAACAAUGUGUUCUUUAAGGAUUAUUACUGUUUUAGUAAUGAUUGUGGAU